GAAUCAAUCAAUCAAUCAAUCAAUCAAUCGAUCACACCAGAUCGUGAAAGCACACGGCAAUGCCAUUAGCACGCUCUUUCGGGGCCGUCCACAGAAAACUUUUCAACAGCGCCAAACCCCCUGCUCUGGCACAGCCCUCGCGGGCUCUCUCUAUUACCAGUCGAGGCAAAUCCAUCAACCGCGAAGAGCUAUUCAACUACACUAACGGUCGCUUCCUCGCCAAUGAGGCGGAGGCCUGCAACCGCAGAUAUGUGCGAUUCGACAUUGAUCAGCUGUGCGCCGUAGCUGCGGCAGCCGGCGGGAGUUCUUCGCCCAUCAAAGCGAUCGAUAAGAUGGAGGGAGGCUUUAGCAAGGCCCUCAUCAUGCGGAAAGAGGACGGGAGUGAAGUCGUCGCUAAAAUUCCCUUCUCCAUUGCCGGGCCACCUAAGUAUACCACCGCCUCCGAAGUAGCUGUUCUCAAAUUCAUAAGUACCCAUACUCGAGUCCCCGUUCCCAAAGUCCUAGCCUGGAGCUCUGACGCGUCGAACCCCGUUGGUGUCGAAUACAUAGUCAUGGAAAAGGCUCCUGGCCAACAGUUGUUCACGACUUGGAGCGCCAUGACUAUCCAAGAACAAUUCGGCCUCGUGGAGCAAUUGACGCAAUUCGAGGCCGAGUUGGCGUCAAUUCAAUUCCCCGCUAACGGAAGUCUGUACCACUGCGAGUCGAUGACAGACGGCGAGCCCUGGGUUGCUUUGGACCGGACCGUGGACCCAUCUGGACAAUUCUGCAUCGGGCCGUCCUGCGAGCGAGCGUGGUCAGCUCAAGGAGAGAUAAUGGCGCGACCUUCUCAGGUCAACAACGGACCAUGGCCGAACCUAUCAUCUUUUGGUCUUGCGCUCGUGGAGCGCGAAAGGCUCCGCAUUGAGCAACAGAGUCUGGUCUCUACCUUUAAACCACCCCGCGGGUCCGUCGAUGAACAGUUUGCCGUCCUGAACAUGGCAAAGGAGGUCAUGUCUAGGCUAGAUACAGUGACGCUCAUCAACAGGGUCUCGCGGCCAGUCUUGUGGCACACUGACCUCCAUAUGGGUAACAUAUAUAGCAAGCCUGAAGACCCAACCAAGAUCUGUUCGCUCAUUGACUGGCAGUCGAUUGUAGUCUCGCCACUAUACCUACAGGCCCGCUUCCCAGAGUUCUUGUCGGUCGAUGAUGACUAUGUUCUUGGCUUGACAGAAGAACCGAAGCUACCGCAGGACUACCAAGACAUGGACACCAAUGACAAGAAGCUAGCCGAGCUCAAGUUCGAGGAUACUAAAAUGUCCAAGUUCUACGAACUUAGCACUGCCAAUCAGCACCUACGGGCACAUCAUGCCUUUCUUAUGCCGCAGUUCACGCGAGAGCUCUUCAUUCGGUGCGGAGAGGUAUCCGAAGAGGGUGCGAUACCGCUUCGUGCCUGCCUAAUUGAGUUUGCCGACGCGUGGAGUGAACUGGGAUUACUAGGUGAAUGCCCUUUUAGCUUCAGCGAGGAGGAUAUACGAAAGCAUGACCAGCAAUUUCGGGACUACCGCGACUUUCACCGAGUUCAAGAAAUAGCCAGGAAGCUUCUCAGCACCGACUCCGAGGGCUGGAUAUCUCCGCAGCUUGAUUUUGCGGAACGGCAACGAAUGAACACAGAGUUAUUACAAGAGAUUAUGCGUAGGAGCAACGAAUACAACAAGACAGCGGAAGAGAUUCGAAGCAUUUGGCCUUUUCGUGAGAAAGCAUAGAUUCGAAAUCGAAAACAAUUUGAUAGAAUGGCCAGUGGGAGAUCUAAAAUAUGCCAAAACCUCUAUCGAAAGCCGAUCUGAGAAUGCAACUCGAAUCAUCUACCUGCCUUGAGGCGGAACAGACCUGUUUGAACUGGUCUAUGCAUGUAACACUAGGGUAGGCUGUCAGAGAUUUAAUAGUUCGAGGGAGAUUCAACUUAC